CUACGCGUGCGGCGCGCUAUCACUCGUGUCAGCAUGCAAGGUGUCCUAUUUCCGUGGACAGCUGGCUGGAAAGCUCAGGGCCACCAGCUUCACUCCCGAGGCCAUGAUAUCUGUAAACCUGACUGAGGAGGAUGUCAAGGGGUACCUGGAGAGCACCGGAAACGCCGAUGUGGUGGCUAAGAUCGGCAUUGCUUGCGUUAACAGCCCCUUAAAUUGUACGCUCUCUGGAAACGAGGCGGCCAUCGACGUAUUGAAGAAGAAGCUUGACAAGGACGGCAUCUUCGCUCAGAAACUGAAGACUGGGGUUGCGUACCACUCGCCAUCCAUGUCUCAGAUCGCGGAUGAGUAUGCGCGCCAGAUGGGUUCUCUAGAUGGCGGAAACUCCAAGAAUGUCAAGACGUCAAUUCCGAUGGUCUCAUCGGUAACCGGCCAGCCAGUUCGGCCAGCUACUUUGGCGACAGCUCAAUACUGGGUCGAUAAUAUGGUAUCUCCCGUUCGAUUCUCCGACGCUGUCCAUCUUCUCACACAGAAGACUUCUACGUUGAAAGUCGGGAUAGGGCGCAUUACGGAUCUCAUCGAGGUCGGCCCUCACCCAGCCCUGCGCAGGCCGGUUCAGGAUACGCUGGCCAAGGCAGGAAACAAGAAGCAGCAGGUCCGCUACACUUACGUUCUACAUCGAUCUCACUCGGCAUUGCAAACCACCUUAGAGCUUCUGGGCUUGUUGUUUUCGCUCGGCUACUCGGUCUCCAUUCCAGCGGCCAACCAUGACGUGUCUGGUCAGUUGCCGCGUCGUUUCUUAGUCGACUGCCCCGAAUAUCCCUUUGACCACUCGAAAACGUACUGGGCCGAGUCGCGAUUGAGUCGCGAUUUCAGAACACGCGAGCCGGUGGUGGGGGAGACGCUCGGCGCGCGGUUCUUUGACUGGAACCCUCUGGAGCCAAGAUGGCGGAACUUCCUAAGCGUCGAGUCGACGCCAUGGAUCGGCGACCACGUAAUUAGCGGUACCGUCAUCUACCCUGCGGCUGGUAUGCUGGUGAUGGCGAUGGAAGCGGUCCAGCACUUGUGCCCUCCCGGCCGCGUGAUAUCCGGUUACUUUGUCAAAGAAGCUCACUUCAUGAGUCCAAUCAUUGUCAAGGAGGCCUGGGAAGAUAGGACUGAGACGAUGCUUCACCUGCGGCCUGUGAAGAGGCCGUACGAGAAAGAGUCCACCUGGUCGGAUAUAUCGAUAUACUCAUACUACGAGAACCGAUGGACCGAGUGUUUCAAAGCGAGCAUCCAAGUCGAGUAUGAAGACACCACGCACGCCGAUCUCCGGGAGGAGCGCAGGCAGGCCCACGUGCGUGUCGCCGGCGAGUUCAAGCGAACUGAAGCGCUGUGCACGAGGCCAGUUGACUCGCAGAUCUUCUACGACGAUGCUUCUCAGCACGGCUUAGAGUAUGGGGAUGCGUUCCGAGUCUUGGAUGAUAUCCGAUGGGACGGUAAAGAGAACACCAUCGCACGCGUCGACCUCUCCAGAGUGAAGCAGACGACCAGUCUUCUCCACCCUAUCGUCCUUGACACCGCCUUUCACGUGCUGCGCGUGAGCACCACCCUGGGACUGUCCCUGUCGUCUGCUACAACCAUACCCGUCCGCCUCCACGACGCGUGGUUCUCGCCUACCGGAUGGCAGCGGCCUCACACCUCCUCCGUUCGCUACAUGGCCGCGUCAGAGGUCAGGGGUGACCGGGAGAGUGAUGGCGGUAUCAUCUAUGCCCUAGCAGACGAUGGGACUGUCUUGUGCACUAUGGGGAAGAUGGUAUUUGCGACGGUUUCGGGAAUUAGCGAAGGCAGUCAGGCUGCUAAGAAGCUGAUGUACAACCUCGAGUGGAAGCCUCAGCUAAGCUUGCUAGAGCCGGAGCAGCUGGCCGCCGCAAUCAAUGUUCACACCGUCGUUAAAGACGAAGACGCCGUGCUGGCCCACUACGAAAAGGUGGCUCUCACGCUGGACAGGGUCGUCGCUAGAACAGUGAAGCAGCUGUCUGGUGAAAAUCGACAGAAAGUUCCCGAGUCCCAGAAAAGACACGUGGACUGGCUGGAACAUCACCUUGAGAAGAUCCCGAGCUCUCGAAUUGCCGAGGAGUUGAGCGAAGAAGAACUGGAACGCCUCUUGGUAGAGAUUGAAACCGACAGCCCGCCUUGGAAGCUAUACACGACUGUCGUCCGCCGUCUGUUUGAUAUUCUUACUGGUAAGGUUGAAGCCCUCGAGGUUAUCUUCGGCUCGGACUUGGCGGACCGAUUUUAUGCGGACAUGUUCGAGCACGUCUGUGACCAGCGGAUGUUGAACUUCUUGGACUUAGCCAGCCACGAGCGCCCUGGUCUGCGCAUCCUCGAAGUCGGAGCCGGAACCGGUGGUAUGACGGCUCGUGUCAUCGCUGCCCUACAUGAACUCGAGAAAAGGAGCGGGUCCGUCAAGUUCUCGGAAUACACGUACACUGACGUCUCGCCCGCCUUCUUCGAGAGGGCCACUGCUAAGUGGCGAGACUUUAAGGACCGGAUGACCUUCAAGACGUUCGAUAUGAAGCGCAGUCCUGACAGCCAGGGCAUUGGCCACGCUUCGUAUGAUUUGGUCAUUGCUGGAAGCGUCCUACACGCGACCGAGGACUUGCUCACGACGAUGAAGAACGUGCGCAAAGUUCUCAAGCCGGGCGGGCACUUGCUCCUACUCGAGGCUAUCCAGCCUCACGACGUCACGACGAACUUCACGUUCGGCCUGGUACCUGGAUGGUGGGGCCGUAGGGAAGAGUGGCGAGGCAUGUCUCCUGUGAUCCCUGACGAGAAAUGGGACGAUGUUUUGAAGUGGACAGGCUUCUCCGGGAAUGAUAUUGUCCUCAGAGACUACGUGAGCGAGGCGUGCCACAUGUUUAGCGUCAUCGUAUCGAAGGCUGUCGAAGAAGUGCCGGACUCGAAAACUAAGCCGGAGCUUGUCCUGGUCGUCGAUGGCCAGUCCGACACGCAGACUGAGAUGGCCAACUUGAUUCACUCUACCAUAGUCCAGUCGCCGGAAAGUGAAGUCCGAAUUGUACCGUUGAGCCAGGUUCGAUCUACUGAGCUGAAGAAGGAUGAUACUGUCAUCUAUAUUGCCGAGAUGAGCAAGCCCUUCCUUUCCACGCUAACCGAAGAGACAAUGCGGCUCCUCCAGGACAUGCUAAAGAGGACGCAUAAGCUACUUUGGGUUACCUCGACAGACUAUAAGGACGAGGAGUACCCCCAGUACUGGGUUUCGGAAGGAUUCUUGAGAUCCAUUCGGAACGAGGAAAGCGACAAGCACGUCAUCUCGCUCUCGAUUGAAUCCCAAGGCGAGACCGCCGAGCAAUACGCGCAGUACAUCGCCAAGGCAUACAGAGCAGGCUUCGAAUCGGGGGCUCCCGAGCUCGAGUAUAUCGUGCAGAAGGGACAGCUGACAACCGGUCGCAUUGCUGAAGACGUCGACAGGAAUGAACAGCUGCGAUCCCUCCUGGUCCCGCAGCUGCGGCAGAGGCCCUUCUCCGAGGGACCGGCGUUGAAGUUGGUUGUCGGCACCCCCGGAACCCUUGACUCAUUCCAGCUCGUGGAAGACCCCAGAACUCAGCUCGACCUUGGCUCUCACGAUGUCGAGAUCGAGGCCAAGUCGUUUGGCCUCAACUUCCGCGACGUAUUGUGCGCGCUGGGUCGCCUUGAGGAGAACGAGCUGGGAGUCGACUGUGCCGGUGUCGUGACGAGGGUAGGUCCCGAUUGCGAUCCCGAGAUCAAGCCGGGUGACCGAGUCUGCAUGCUCUCGAUAGACUGCAUGCGCACGCAUCCGCGUGCCGUCGAUAAGGCCGUCAUCAAGAUCCCUGACGGCAUAUCCUUCGAUGCGGCCGCCUCCAUCUUGGUGCCUGGCAUGACGGCCUACUACUCGAUGAUCGAUAUUGCCCGAGUACGGAAGGGGGAUAAAGUCCUCAUCCACUCAGCCGCGGGAAGCACAGGUCAGAUGGCCGUCUGGAUGGCUAAGAUGAGGGGCGCCGAGAUCUUUGCUACUGUCGGCUCCGAGAAUAAGAGACAGUUCCUUAAAGAUACUUUCGGCAUCCCCGACGACCACAUCUUCAACAGUCGAAAUACCUCCUUCGCCCAGGGCGUUAAGCGAGUUACGAACGGGUAUGGCGUUGAUGUCGUGCUCAACUCGCUCUCUGGAGAUAGCUUGCGGCUGACAUGGGAGUGUAUGGCACCCUUUGGUCGCUUUGUGGAGAUCGGCGUUGUGGACAUUAGGGCUAAUUCCUCCCUUCCUAUGGCCGGCUUCGCGAAGAACGUCAGCUACUCGGCGGUCGACUUGCGCCACGUCGUCAUCACGAACCCCGAUCUGACCUCGGAGCUCCUAAAGGCCACAAUCGACCUGCUGGCCAAGGGAGAGGUGCAGCACCCUGGCCCUCUACAUCCCUACCCGGUGUCUAAGGCCGAAGAAGCCUUCCGUCUUCUCCAAGAUGGAAAGAACAUAGGGCGUAUUAUCAUCAACAUCGAGCCCUCAGACGUAGUCCCGCAAUUCCUCGUGGAGCGACGGCCGUGGAUAUUCAAAGAGGACGCGUCCUACGUGAUUGCGGGGGGGUCAGGCGGUCUAGGUCGCGCCAUCAUGAAGUGGAUGGCAGACAGAGGCGCGAAGCACAUCAUCGCGCCCUCGCGAUCGGGCGCAUCCAGCAAGGCGGCCGUCGACGUCAUCGCUGAGCUGACGGCGCGUGGCGUCAACAUCGUCGCGCCCAAGUGCGACGUGUCGUCGGUCGAGUCGCUCGCCAAGGUCCUCGCGGACUGCGCGGCCACGAUGCCGCCCGUCAAGGGAUGCAUCAACGGCGCGAUGGUGCUGCAGGAUGCCGUGUUCGAGAACAUGACGCACGCCCAAUGGGACCUGACCAUCAAGUCCAAGGUCUGGUCCUCCGUCAACCUCGACCGCCUCCUGCCCGAGGACCUCGAUUUCUUCAUCCUGCUGUCUUCGCUCAACGGUGUCAUCGGUGCCCUCGGCCAGUCCAACUACGCCGCUGGGUGCGCGUGCCAGGACGCAGUCGCGCGGCAUCGCGUUGCACGGGGCCGCCGCGCGACCUCCAUCGACGUUGGCUGGAUGCGCAACAUAGGUAUCGUCGCCGAGAACCAGGCAUACCAGCGCCAGCGGAAGCACCAGGACGACAUGCAAAAGCUCGACGACAGCGAGCUGCUCGCCUUGCUCACUCUCUGCUGCGACCCCGCGGAGCCACAGCCGGCCUCGCCGGCCUCAGCAUCCUCCGAGCGCGCCUCCAGCCAGCGCCUGUUCGGGUUCCGCGAGCCGGCUGACUUCAUCUCGCGCGGUAUCUCGCCACCCGUCAUGCUCGCGCGCCCGCUGUUCGAGCCGUUCUCGUUCGUCCUCGGCGGCCGCGAGGCCGCGCAUCAUGACGCAGGCGAGGGUCCUGCGGGGGCAUUCCGUGCCGCGGCUGGCGACUCAGCCGAGCAGAUCCAGGUGGUGAUCCGGGCGCUCGCAUUGAAGCUAGCGCGAUCGCUGGGCAUCUCGCCCGACGAUGUCGAACUCAACAAGCCGCUAUCUAGCUACGGCGUCGACUCGCUGAUGGCGGUCGAGCUACGCAACUGGAUCGGUCGCGACUUUCUGGCUGCCGUCACCGUCUUCGACAUCAUGGGCAACGUGCCAAUCUCGACUAUCGGAGACCUGGUUGUUGCGAAGAGCGCUCUUAAGAAGGCUUAGUAAGAAUGUGGUAGUUGACUAGAGAAAGGGUUAGCUGAAGGUUUGUCUUGAUCGGAGU